CUACAUGGACCCGUAGGCUGCGACAGACGUAUUUGUAGCCAGACAAAUUACACAAAAGGAAUGCGAAUAUUGUAGCCUAUGCCUCAUCACAAAGUUACUGUGCGGAAUUUAAAAGUAGGCCUAGGCUAUAUAUAAACUAGCUCACUUCCUUUGGGUAAUUUGCAGAGCUGGCGGAAGUAGCCUACGUCAGUUAUCUCGGCUCUCUGAGGCUUUUAUUGCACACUAAUUUCAGAUGUAGGGAAAAGAGGGGAGAGUAGAUUUGAAUCACCCCUGUCGCUUUAAGGACACUUAUCAAAGCUUUGCAUAUAUGCGAAAGGGAAAAAUACGAUGAGCCACGAGCAACUGAGCAACCAAGGACGGAAUACAGGAGUGGAUUGAUGUUUAAUAACUUACACGGGCCUGGAAUAGCCGAUGCCUUUGCCUUAUGGGGUUUGAUCAUAUACAGUGGAUUGUCGUAUGCUGAAGUCGCUAAACGGAGGAUCAUUUGGAAAAUAUUGCGCAUAAGUAGCGAGAGAUUUGGAGAUCCCUGCCCUCGUGGAUUUUAUCGCGCAAAGGUUUAGCCCUACGGUGGAACUUGUCAGAUGAAUAUGGUUAACCGUUGAAACACGCUAAUAGCCUACAGAGAGGAUUAUCAACUUAUGUAGCCUAUUAUCUUAUCCAUUAUUGAUAAGCACCUAAUGCGCAUUUUGACGGAUAUUAUCUAGACUCUUUUUUUGACAGCGGAUCAUGGAUUGGGUGGUGGAAAACAACGGGCAGCGACAUGAUUUCUCUGCGCUGUCUGCGGUAUUCAGCUAUUAACAUUGUGUUAUUCCAAUGCAACAAAGUUGCAAAGGAAGUGGAGUGCAUAAAUUGUAACUAUUUCGCUGUUUUGCACCUGCUUAUGUGAAGAACGCGUCGACGUUACAGUAUCUAGUCGCUUAAAAUACGUGAGGAUUUGCAUCGCUUCUUCCUCGCCCGCAUGGAAUAUUUGAACAUUUGUUUAUUGUAUUAGGGAGGUUUAUAUUCAAGGUCAUUCCGAGAAUCUGAUUACUUAUAGAUGUAUUAUUUAUACAUCCGUAUCUACUAGUGAUAACACUAUAGUUUAUUAUUUCGGUUGGCCGCACAGGGAAUCCGCUUUACGUUAGGUGAUUUAUAGUGAUUUUGUCAUUGCAACAUUUCUAAAAUGGAUGGAAAAUUGAAGCAGAGCCGGAGAUCCCGUUCCAAACGUGAGAGGGUACGGAGACGGGAGGCAGUGGGCAAGGAUGCCCGCAGUCCGAAACCUUCGUCUUGUUCAGAUAGGGAGCAAAGUCCUGGGAGGGAUCUCGUCUCCCAGAAUGGUAAAAAGUCUCCACACUCAACACCCUCUGCCAGAACCUCGCGCCCCCCUCGUCGAAAGAGACGAGAAUCCAGUUCUCAAGAAGAGGAUAUCAUUGAUGAAUUUGCCAUUGCCAGUUUCGUCAGCCUGGACUGUCUGGAGAAGAAAACUGGGGCCCUGAAGUCUCAGGAGCGGAAGGAGAAGGAGAGGUGGAGAGAGGAGAAGCAGCAGGAGACGGUGGUGAAGAGACAGAAGAAGGAGGAGGAGGAGGAGGAGAACGUCAUGCCCACGUCUCUGGACCCCCUGGAGAAUGGCUUCAUCAACCACGCCCAGAGAGAGCAGGAGAGGAUGAACGACAGACUGCUGAAGAAAACCUACUCCAAGAAGAACAAACAGAUCAAGGCCCUGCAGGUACGCCCAGUGAAGCUGGAUGAGGAUGGGGCCAUGCAAGAGUUCAACAGACCCAACAGGAGCAUCUCUAAAGAGCACCUCAGUGAGAGCUCCACUCACUCGCUGUCAGGCCGGGGCUACUCGUUCACUUCUUUAAAAAGAGACGAGCACCCGUUUGGGAGACAUGAGUGUGACAGCGAGAGUGACGUUGAUGACAAGGUAUCUGAUGUAGGAUCCGAGAAACUAUUUUCCCCCACUACACCCAAAGGUGUGUCAACGAAUGAGAAUCCCGAGUCCAAGACUGUCAGCUCGGCCAAAGUCUCUGGGCUCCAGCGUAGCCAGGAGCAGAGUAACGAGGUGUCCUUCGCCCCGCCCGUGUCCAGCCCCACCCCGGCCUCCCCGCCUUCGGGCUCCCCUGCCCCUGCUGCCACUGCGGCAGGCCCCCCUCAGCCCCUCCCCAAGGCGCAGCUCACCUCCCCGCCCCCCCUCCUCAUCAAGAGAGAGUCAGAUCGGGUGCCGCCCAUCCCCAGAUUCCCCACCCCUCCCCUGCUGAGGGCCCAGCCCCACCCUCUCCAGGAGCACCGGGUCCCCGUCUCGCUCCCUCCCCCCCAGCACCAACACCACGCCAGGCCUCUCAUCAGCCACCAAGUGCACCAGCAUCACCCGCUGCAUUACAACAGCCUGCACGACAUCAGCGGCGGCAGUGCAGGCCUCCCCAAACACCACCACCUGCCCCCCUCUCCCCACCACCUGAGUGGCCUCCCCUCCUCCACCCCGGCCCUGCCCCUGUCCAUAGCCAACCUUUCGACCUCGCACUAUUCCUCCCUGCGAAGCCCGGCCCAUCGCCAUCCGGCCAUGUUCGCAACCCCCGCCACACUUCCGCCACCUCCGACCUUACCCACCAACAGCCUUGUGGUCCCUGGGCACCCCGCUGGCACCCCCUACCCAGAGCAUGACCUCCUGCGGCAGGAGCUGAAUAACCGCUUCCUGGUUCAGAGUUCAGAGGGGCGGAGCCGGGGGCCGUCCUCCGCGGGGUCCCCGCUGGCCCCUGUGUCACUCCUGAGGGGAGCGUUUCACCAACACCAGCACAUGCAUCAGCACCAACACACCCACCAGCACACCUUCACGCCCUUCCCGCCCAGUCUGCCCCCGGCCGCCAUCAUUACUCCGCCCACCGCACCCCCCAUGGUGCGAACCCCAGCCAGAAAUUUCGACAAAUACGCUCCAAAACUGGACAGUCCAUUCAUUAGACAUUCAAAUUUCUUCCCCUCCUACCCCCCCACAAUGCCAGGCAUGCCCCCGCUGCUCCCCCACUCAGGACCCUUCAGCUCACUGCAAGGAGCCUUCCAGCCCAAGUCCUCCAACCCCAUAGACGUAGCCUCCCGCCCGGGGGCAGUACCUCACACACUCCUACAGAAGGACCCACGGGUAUCAGAUCCUUUCAGGACAUCAGUCAGAAAACCUGGCAAGUGGUGUGCGGUGCACGUCCAGAUCGCCUGGCAGAUCUACCACCAUCAGCAGAAGAUGAAGCAGAUGCAGGUAGACCCUCACAAACUGGACAUGAAUGGAAAGCUGGACCUGUUCAGCCGUCCCCCCGCCCCAGGGGUGUUUCCUGGGUUCCCCUACACCCACGACCUGGCACGACCCAUGUUCUCCUCCACAGGUUCUGGCCAUCCGGCCGCCUCCCCGUACGGCCCCUCCCCCCACCACAGUGGCUUCCUGCCUCCCAGCCACUUGGCAGGUAAGUAUCCUUUCAGUCGCUCCAGUACCUUUGGCGGCCUCGGCAACCUUUCAACCAGUGCCUUCGGAGGAUUAGGCAACCCCUCGCUUGGCUCCAACAGUAUCUUUGGCCAUAAAGAAGGCCCCGGGGGCCUGCCAGGCUUCGGCAGCCCCCACCACGAUACCUGGAACAGGCUCCACCGGACCCCACCCUCCUUCCCCACCCCGCCGCAGUGGCCCAAGUCUGCAGACGCGGAGCGCAGCAACUCAGUCAACAGCCACGAGCGAGAGAGAGAACGAGAGAGGGAACGGGAGAGGGAGAGAGAACGGGAGAGAGAACGGGAGAAAAGGGAUUCAUCCAUCAGCAAGGAGGAGAAGGAUAAAGACAGAGAUUCGAUUGACCGUAACCGUCACUCGAACCGUUCCUCCCCUGCGUCGGCCCAAACCAGCUACCAGAUCAGCAGCCUGAUCCGCUCUAACAGCCAGAACUCCAGUGACUCUGGUCGCCACCACAGCGCCAGUGUGGAUCGGGUCCGGGAGGCCGAGAAGGAGCUCCUGGAGCGCCACCGAGAGGCAGCCAUUCUGGGGGACGUCAAGGUGAAGGAGAGCCGCUCCCCUGGAGGAGGGAAGGAGGUGUCAGACAGAGACAGACGCUCGUCAGAGGACCCCAUCAAACCAGCCCACCGCACGCCCUCUCCCUACCCCAAGGCUGUCCUAUCUGAGACAGGAAUGAAGAUGGCUGGUGGUCCCCCACCCACUCUACUCAAGGACGGGGACAGGGACAGGAAGGAAGGUCCUCCGUCUUCUGGGGGGGACCUGCUGCUGCACAAGGUGAAGAACGACAUGAAGAUCAAGGAGGAGCGCAAAGAGGACCAGGAGGUGAUGGUGGUGAGCUCCGAGCCUGCCACUCAGCCUGCUCCUCCUCCUCAGCCUCUACCUCCUCCACCUCCCCAGCCCGGUCACCACCACCACCACCACCACCACCCUCCUCUGUCCCAGCAGCCUCCUCCCCCCUCCCCACGCUGCAGUGACUUGCCCACCCACGGCUCCCUGCAUGGGGUGCACAUGGCCCACUCCCUGCCCCUCUCCAUGAGCGCCAUGCACCAGAUGGGCAGUCUCAACGUGCUGGACCGGGCCCGCAUGGCUCCCUUUAUGGGGGUGAGCCCCCUGGCUGCUGCUGCAGGGAGGGACCGGAUGCCCCACCAAGCCUUCCCUUGGGACCCACUGAGGGAGGCCUACCGCAACCUGGACCUGCAGCGCAGGAUGGACUUUCAGCUGAGGGCUGAGCAGGCCCAGCGCUUCCCCAGCAUGUACGAGCAGGAGCGGGCUUUCCGGGAGAGAGAGGCCCACGACUACUCCCACCAUGAGCACAUGCUGGAGGUACGGCGGGAGCACGAGAGGAUGAGGCAACAGGCAGAGGAAAGAGAGCGCCAGCACCUGAGGGAGGAGCUGGACCGAGCACGGCUCCACCAGCUGCACCAGUCCCCCAUGGAGGGACACCUGCCACACAUGCCCCCCUUCAUGCCCCACCUGGGCGGCAUGCCCUACCCCAGACUCAGCCCCUCCACCGGACACAACGGCCUGCUAAACCGGACGCCCCCCACUGCUGCCCUUAGCGCCCCCCCCCCCCUAGUGCCUGCAGGCAGCACCAGAGCAGCCUCCCCCAGAAGGACUACCCCCCACAACACCCAGGACCCCCGAGAUUACUCCCCCUCCCGCAACCCCAAAGAAGUGGAGGCACGGUAGCUUGACAUAACAGGCAAAGGACGUGAAUGCUUAAAAAGGCGCACUCCCCAAUUUAGAACCUUCUAGAGAGAACAAGAUGCACUGCUUUUCAAUGGAGAAAGGCAUAAGUAAAAGAGAAAACAGUAUGAUUGUACAAAGUAAAGAUUUGUAAGGGUGAAGAAGCACAUGCCAUGCUUUUAUUUUAUAUGGACAGGCUGAUGAGAAUGUUGGUUAGAAGAACACAAAAAGUAUGUGUAUGUUAGUUGCCGACUUAAAAUUUGAUAUUAAUAUAUUAAUCCAAUACCUUUUGUCGAUUUUUCUGUGAAAAGUGAGAUUCUGAUUGAAAAGAGAGAUUCUGAUUGAAAUUAGUUUGUACAUUUCCUAUCCUUGUUCCAUGUAUAGACAUCAUUUUUAUGAAUUUGUAUUUUGUGCAUUAGUCCAUUUUUUUUCAAUAUUUAUCCCAGUCCAUUGUGAGACAUAUCAAGGAUGAUGCUCCAGAGUGGAUGAUGCUCCACAGUGGAUGGGAGUGGAUGAUGCUCCACAGUGGAUGAUGCUCCACAGUUUUUACCCAGUAAUUUAACCUCAUGGUACCUGAAAAUACUCAUAAAUGAUCAUGUACAAAGUUACAUUAAAGAUUUGUUGCAUUUUAUUUGUUUUGCCUUUGAGAUAUGCAGACAAAUAUAUAUUACGAGGUCUUUGUUCGGUCUCUGUAAAGAAGAAUUAGUGUAAAAAAAAAAUGACAAUGUAAAUUUAUUAGGCUUUUUAAAUGUUUCUAGAAAAACAAAUGAAAUCAAAACAGAACCACUUCCCGGUUGUAAACCAUGGUAACAGACGAGCCUGUCCAAUGGGAGGGAAGGAGGGCGGGCAUCAGAAGGGGGCCUGGAAUGAUCUUCUGCAAUCUAUGCAAAGAGUCACUGAGCACCCCGAUGGAGAGCCACCUGGAAUGGAAUGGACUGUUGGAUAAUGUUGAUUCUGUGAGAGGAACUUGGAUUAACUCAACAUGUUUUAUUUUCCAAUCAUGGGACAUGGAAUUAAACCUACAGACUUCCUGGUUACAGAUAAGAAGAAGCUUACAUACAGCCCCAGUGACAGCAAAGGAAGACACGUUUGAUUGGGCGGCAAUAGGACUUUCUCUGUCGACCGUUGUGGUGUUGUGCAGUUGUUUUUCUUAGACUUGUAUACAAAACAAGUAGAGUUUUAGGCGUGCAAAAAAAUGAAAACGAACAUUCAUGUACGGAAUAAAGUUUGGACCUAAUAC